AUAAUCCAUCUAGAGUUUAGAUAAGGAAAAAAAAAAGAAAAGGUUAAAAAGAAGCAUUGGUAGCUUGCCAUCCAACCGAGUGAUGCGAGUGACACGCGGAGCAGAUUGCUGCACAGCCUGCAAAAAUGGGUGCAGAAAGCGAGAUGGAUGGUAUAGGGUGGCGUGGACGGCGGCGGCGCUGCAUGAGAGUAUAGAUCGGUUUUGGGAGAUAGCGCUUCUUGUCCGUAGUACGGCAGGUGGCACGGACGACGGACACGGUGGGCGCCGCGCCCCUAGCUUGCUUGCUUGCUGCACCCGUCGCCAACCGUUUUCUCCUCCUCGCUCUCUCCAUGUGAUCUCCGAUGCCUCGUUGCGCCGCAUCGAUGGAUCGAUCGCCCGCUGUGUAUAUAUGUGCAGGUCCAUCCAUGAGAGGUUGAUCAGAGAGCUUGAGAUCUGUCAACAUCAGGAGCGAGCUCUCACUGCCAUUGCCAAUUGGCAAUUGAAAAUCAUCGUAAACCGCCAUCUCCAUCAUCAUCUCGCGCAUGUCGCUGCUGCCGUUGUUGCUGCGGCCCGUGGUGCGCGCCGCGGCGAGCGUGGCGAGGCGGCCGGCGUCUGCGGUGGCGACGGUGCUGCACCGCGCCGGCGCGCUCCCGAGGAACCGGGGGCUGGAGCGCCUCGUCAGGGACGACAUGCUCGUCGGGGGUGACCACAACUUCAUCGCGCAUUUCGUCGUCGGCUUCAUGCGCUGCCUGUGUUAGCUGGAGUACAUAGCUAGGCGGCUAAGCUAGAUUAGAUGCAUAGCACCGGUAUUGAUGAAUUGAUAUCUGAUCUGCAUUUGCGAUUUGGGCUCCAUUUUUGGGGGGAUACGACGUUCUCCGUGGCUUUGAUAAUUAAAACAGCUAGUGUAGCAUGCAUUUGCAGCGAUUUGAGCACCAUUUCUUUGCACCCUGA